AUGGACAAGAGUUGGGUAAGAUUGAAGAGGGGUAGUGCAGAUUACAAGUUACGAUUACGAGGCUGGAUCUCACACGUCUUAGCAGUUGCAUCUUUUCAUGGAAACAUCAAAUGUCCUUGCAGAUCAUGUGUAAAUGGGGAGUGGCAUGACGGGGAUACUGUCUAUGACCACUUGGUGGUUGAAGGUAUUGCCCAUUCUUACAUAGAUGGUCCUUGGGUGUGGCAUGGUGAAGCAUUCGGUGUUCAACAGCCUGUGUGUGCGACCUAUGGAGAAGAUACUACUUCUGGCAUGGCUGACAUGAUACAUGAUCUUUUCCCAAGCAUAGAUGGACAGGAAGGUCCAUGUGAGAAUGAGAACAAUGCUCCCACUUCUGAGAAUGAGAACCAUGGUCCACCCCAACCUAUGCCAGAUGAUGUUCAUCGUUUUCGACUGUUGCUGGAAGAAGCCAAUCAGGACUUAUAUCCAGGUUGCAGAGCAAUGAAAAAACUGGAAUUUCUUAUAGAAGUAUUCCAGAACAAGUGUUUAUAUGGCCAGAGUGAUGUAUCUGUAUCUGCGUGGCUGAAGCUGAUUAAAAAAAUUCUCCCGGAAGGGGAGACAUUGCCUAGCAACUUCUAUAGGACAAAAAAGAUAGUCAAAGCAUUUGAGCUGAAGUGUGAAAAGAUCGAUGCAUGUCGUAAUGACUGCAUGCUGUAUUGGAAACAAAACAGUUCGUUAGAUGCAUGUCUUACUUGUGGGACAAGCCGAUAUACAGAGGAGAUUGGAAACAACAGCAACAGUAAGAAGAAAAGGGUAGCUCAGAAGGUAUUGAGCUAUUUUCCGAUAACUCCUCGGUUGCAGCGUUUGUAUAUGUCCCAGUAUACUGCUGAAGACAUGGCAUGGCAUUCCGAUAAGCGCCCUUCUGAUGGUAAUUUGAGGCACCCUGCUGAUUCACAAGCCUGGAAGCAUUUGGAUACGAAAUUUCCAGACUUUGGUAGAGAAGGGCGUAAUGUGAGGCUUGGUUUGGCUAGCGAUGGAUUCAAUCCAUUUGGUGAUAUGAGUUCCUCACACAGUACAUGGCCAGUCAUUCUGACAGUUUAUAAUUUGCCUCCCUGGAAGUGCAUGAAGCAACCUUAUAUGAUGAUGGCUCUCUUGAUCCCAGGGCCCCGUUCUCCUGGUAAUGACAUUGAUGUGUACCUGGAACCUUUAAUUGAUGAGCUUAAGAGUUUGUGGGAGAAUGGUAUCCCCACCUAUGAUGCAUUCAAGAAAGAAACAUUCAAUAUGCGGGCUGCAGUGAUGUGGACAAUCAAUGACUUUCCGGCAUAUGCAAAUUUGUCCGGUUGGAGUACCAAGGGCAAGUUAGCAUGUCCUAACUGCAACUACAACACAAGAUCAACAUGGCUACCCCAUGGAAAAAAGCAUGUCUACAUGGCACACCGCCGUUUCCUGCCACUUCUACACAGAUUCCGUCGCUAUCGAAAAUCAUUUAAUUUGUCUGCUGAAACAGAUCGUGCUCCCACUCCAAUGACAGGAUCCUUUUGUCUUCGACGCUUAUCUAAACUCAGGUUUAAGUUUGGUAAGCCCCCACCACCCAAGGUUGGGCAAAAGAGACCUGCUCAACCAGUCUCCACUGAAGGGCCAUGGAAAAAGAGGAGCAUUUUUUUCGAGUUGCCGUACUGGGAACAUCUACUCAUUCGGCACAAUCUCGACGUAAUGCAUGUCGAGAAAAAUGUGUGUGAGAGCUUAUUAGGAACCUUGUUGGAAGCUUCCACCAAAAACAAGGAUACAAUUAAGGCACGAUUGGACAUGCAAUUGAUGGGGAUAAAGCCUGAUUUGUGGCCGGUCACAGAGGGAAAUAAAACUGAAUUGCCUUUGGCCGAAUACACCAUGACGAGUUGGGAGAAAGAGCUAUUCUGCAUGAUACUAGCAUCUAUAAGAGUACCUGACAAUUAUUCAUCAAAUAUAGCCCGACAUGUGAAUGUAAAGGAGCGGACUAUUCAUGGAUUAAAAAGUCACGACUGUCAUGUAAUCAUGCAGCAACUCCUCCCCUUGAUGGUUCGAAGGUCACUUCCUUCUGCUGCUGCGAAGGUGUUGAUGGAGUUAAGUGCUUUUUUCCGACAUCUUUGCAGCAAAAAUGGUUCAGUUGAGCAUUUUCUUGAUCUGAAGAGAAGGAUAGCUAUGGUGCUUUGUCAAAUGGAGAAGAUGAUGCCCCCAUCAUUUUUUGAUGUAAUGAUUCACUUGCCAAUACAUUUGGCAGAGGAAGCUGCACUUGCUGGUCCGGUCUUCUUCAGAUGGAUGUACCCAAUCGAGAGGUACCUAUAUACACUGCAGAAGUAUGUUCGGAAUCGGAAUCGACCUGAAGGGAGCAUUGCCCAAGGGUACCUAUCUGACGAGUCUAUGUCCUUCUGUGCAAUGUACUUAGAAGACGUAUUGACACGAAGAAAUAGACCUAAUCGUAAUGAGGAUGGAGUCGGUCGGAAUGUAGAAGGUGGACUGUCCAUAUUUCAAGGUGGUGGACGUGCACUUGGAGCUGCGGAAGAGUAUCAACUCAGUGAUGAUGACUGGGAGAGUGCUAGGUCUUGUGUUUUGGCUAAUUGUCCAGAGGCUAAGCCUUAUGAAAGAAGGCAUGUAAGGGAAGCUCAGGCCAAUCGAGGCCGUCGUGUCACCUUGCUGCAAUCUGAAAAAAGAGCUAAGAAGUCAUUUCCCAAUUGGUUUGACAAACUUGUUAAUGGAAUGCACAACGAGGGUGAUCCACGGGUGACUGAAGAUUUGUUGGCUUUGGCUAAUGGCCCCAGCAAAUGGUGUACUAGAUACAAAAGUUAUGUAAGCAAUGGAUUUAGAUUUAAAGUGAGGAAUGGAUUGGAAGAUGGUAAGCGUCAAAAUUGGGGGGUGUGGCUCCAAGCAGAAAUGUCUAGUUAUGCAACUGCAAACGAUUGCAACCAUCGGGAAGGGAUGGUUGGUUUCUACGGCGCCCUUGUUGAUAUAAUUGAACUGCAAUAUCGCGGUGACAGAAACAUUGUGUUAUUUAAAUGUGAUUGGCCGGAGGUAAAUUCACGCGGUGGUGGAGUGAAGAAGGAUGAAUAUGGUUUUACUCUAGUUAACUUCAACAAGUGUAUGGGACCUGAGGAUCCGUACGUAUUUGCAUCGCAUGCCAUUCAAGCUAUGUUUGUGAAGGAUCCAACUGAUGUUGAAUGGCACGUUGCCAUCAAGACCAGGCCUAGGGACUUUUUUGAUAUGUCUUCAACACCAAUUGAUGAUCCAUGUUCAAGGCAAGAUCUAGAACAUGUAACAGGUGAUGAUGAUCAUCUACCCAUUAGGACAGAUGUGAGAAGUAGAAAGGAUUAA